GACUAAAGCCAGAGGGUUUUAUAGGGCUUAGGUGAGGAGUAAUGGUGUGUCAGCUAGGAGCUGGGAUUGUGUCCAUACAUGAUGGCUCAUUUAAGGUUUUACGGCUGUAAACAGACACUAUGACCAAGGCAAGUCUUAUAAAGGACAACAUUUAAUUGGGGCUGGCUUUCAGGUUCAGAGGUUCAGCCCAUUUUCAUCCAGGCAGGAGCAUGGCAGCAUUCAGAAAGGCAUGGAGGAGCUGAAAGUUCUACAUCUUUACCUGAAGGCUGCUAGCGGAUACUGGCUUCCAGGCAGCUAGGUCAUGGGUAUUAAAGCCCACACCCAUAGUGACACACCUACUCUAAUAGGGCCACACCUUCUAAUAGUGCUACUCCCUAGGCCUAGCACAUAUAAACCAUCACACAUGGUCAAAAAGUGAGCCCCUGGGCAGGCAUUCUUGAGUGGGGUGCUGGAAACAGGAAUAUGAAGUGUAAGGGUCCAAGAGUUGCUAAAGGAAAACCCCCAAAGUUAAGUAGUAUGAAAAAGCAAAGAGUGUUUAUUCUUUGGAAACAAACAGCAUUCAUUGAUCAGCCAUUAUACACAAUGGAGACCCCCGGGGAGAGCAUGCAAGCUUCUUCUAAGUGCAGAUAGGAUAAUUCUAGGGAUGGUUAGGUCAUUUUAAAUAUGAUUGGCUAGGUAAGCAGCAGUUACCUUUUUUAUUGGUUGCUGUAUUUGUUUUGCCACUUUUGUCAGGCCUUAGAUAAAUUCCAGGAACUGUCUCAGUCCUGGGGCUGACUGUCUCCCUUAGCCGGAUGUCAGGGCAGUUGCUGAUUGGUGGCCCAUUGUCUGGGGUUUUUCUGAGAAGCCUUGCCUGCUUCCUUGGGAAACUGAGGCUUAAGGCCUAACAUGGCUGCCUGUUCUAAAAUGGAGUGAUUGGGGUCCUCUCAGAGGAGGGAUGACAUGAGAGUUUGGAGUUUCCUCCAUGUGAGUGGGCUCAGGGGGAGGAAGGCAGACCUGUUUCCUAGCUUGGGCAGGGGAUGAGCAGGGUUUCCAGCCUAACAACCCCAGAAAACUUCUUAGUUCACGGACUCAGACUGUGGUGGCAUCAGUGUGUGUCCAUCAGGAGCUUCCUAUCUGGGGUCAGUAGAUGUGUGUAUGUCUCCCCGGGGAAAGCGUUGUCACACAACGGUUUCAUUGACUGCUUUCUGUGUGCUCAGUCUCCAUAGUUACCUACCAACAGCCACAUGGCAUUCUGCUGAUACGGUGUUAGUGGGAGGCGGGGAGAUGGCUCAAUUGCUAAGAUAAAUACUGCUCUUGCUGAGACUCUGUAUUAGUAACAAUAUCUUUUUGUUGUUGCUGUGAUACAAAACAAUGAUCAAGAACAACUUACAGAAGAACGUGUUGGCUCACAGUUCCAGAGGAAGGGCCCGUGUUGUCAGGGGAGGCACGAUAGCAGGAGGCUGGAGCAGGAACUCGAAUGUCCUGGUUGCUUUUGUUAGUUUUGUCAACUUGACACAGGCCAGAGUUAUAUAACUGAGGAGAGGAAGCUUAACUAUAUUAUUAAUGAUUAUUGACAUGGAUGGGCCAGUCACACAUACACACACACAUACAAUCUAUAAAUAAAAGUAUUCUUUUUUUCCCCCACUCUGUAAUCUUUUCUUUUUUUUUUUUAAGAGAGAAAAUGGGAGUGUACCAUAAUUUGGCUAAACGCAUCAAGGCAGAUUUAGGGGUGUAGUCAUUUUUCUGUUGAAAGCAAGGCUGUGAUAAAGACUUGUAUUAUAGGGGUACACAAUUGGAUCCCAUUUGCUUCCUCCUUUCUGAGUAGCCUGCAUUACUCAAGGACCCGAUAGCCUGAAAUACCACUAAGCAGCUGUCAACAGGGAACCAGGCCUUCAUCUAACACGUGAUGGUGUUUUCCACUGAUGCCUGAAAGACAGCAUCUGAGCCAGAUCCGUGGAGGGAGGUUUUUGGAGAUUUGCUGUCUCAUACCUUGCCUUCCCCCUCACCCCCACUGCCCCAUGGACUCGAGCCAAUGAGUGCAUAAAGGUCUUCCAAAUCUUUUCAUUCCUAGCCAUAAAGGCAGCAGACACAGCUAGUUAAACACUUUGUCCAUGGAGCAGAUGGGUGAAAAACGUAGGUCCAUUGAGGGCAUUACUCUGCUUUUCCACUCCAAAAUCCAGAGUUUGCCGGAGCAGCUCCAGCCUACAGUUGACAAAGUGUAGAAUUCCCUCACCGAGGUCUUUCCAGAGGUCAUCCCUGAAUUUACAGCGAUCCCCAUCUGGAGUAUGCUAAUGAAUCUGGUGCUUCUGGUAGACCAGCGUGGUAUUAAGAUCCUUCGCAUCUUGACUCCUGGGGGCCCCCUCUAGGGACCCAGCCAAGAAUUCAGCCUGUACUUCAACCAAAAUUUCUCUUCACACUUUUUCGCAGCAGUAAUCCCGCAGUCAAAGUUUAUAGAAACUUACACAGGCUGGUGAGAACCUGACCUCUAGAAUAGGAUCCCCGAAGCGCCACAUGGUGGAAGGAGAGAACCAAUUCCCCCCAAGCUGUCUUGGGCUCCCACCCACACCUCUUGGCAUAGCUCCACUCCACUUAAUAAAUAGGUGUAACGUAUCUCUACAAGACUUGGACUGUAGCACGUGGUCUCGCAUGCUCCUGCAGAACUUCAAGUUGGAGUUGCAUCUCGGAAUUAGAUUAGAGGCAGUACAAGUCUAAAGCGCAGCCUGCUCAAACCAGGUGAGCAGGAGCACAACCCAGCUCCUGAGCGCCUAGCCAGGGGCGGGGCCGCGCGUCCCGCCCAGGAGCCGCGUCACCGCCAAGCGCGCCGCCGAGGCGGGAGGGAGGGAGGGGGUGAGAGAAGGAGGGCGGCGCGGCGGCGCGCAUCUGUAGCCGGCUCCCGGGCUAUGGCUGGGUGGGCCGGGUUUGAGCUCUCGGCCCUGAACCCCCUGCGGACGCUGUGGCUGGCGCUGGCCGCCGCCUUCCUGUUCGCGCUGCUGCUGCAGCUGGCGCCCGCCAGGCUGCUGCCGAGCUGCGCGCUCUUCCAGGACCUGCUCCGCUACGGGAAGACCAAGCAGUCCGGCUCGCGGCGCCCCGCCGUCUGCAGGGCCUUCGAUGUCCCCAAGAGGUACUUUUCUCACUUCUACGUCAUCUCAGUUGUGUGGAAUGGCUCCCUGCUCUGGCUACUUUCUCAGUCGUUGUUCCUGGGAGCACCUUUUCCAAACUGGCUUAGUGCUCUGCUCAGAACUCUUGGGGCCACACAGUUCCAAGCCCUGGAGAUGGAGUCCAAGGCUUCUCGGAUGCCAGCGGCUGAGCUGGCUCUGUCUGCCUUCUUGGUCUUGGUGUUCCUCUGGGUCCACAGCCUUCGGAGACUCUUUGAGUGCUUCUACGUCAGUGUCUUCUCUAAUGCAGCCAUUCACGUUGUGCAGUACUGUUUCGGGCUUGUCUACUAUGUGCUUGUUGGCCUGACUGUACUGAGCCAAGUGCCCAUGGAUGAUAAGAAUGGUAAGUGGCCCUGCCAGUAGGUUCUAAAGUCAUCAUGUCAACAGGUAGAUACUUAACCAUCGUGACCACUAAAACCUAGGAACAGCACCUAGGAUCCGUAGCAGAUCCUUCAGUGACAAUAGGACAGUACAAAUCAUUCCUGGGGCCGUUUAAGGAAUGAAGUUAAACUGUGGGAGGUGGAAGGAGAGCUGAGAUCUGAACAGCAGGUGGGAGCCUCCGAAGAAAGGGCCACCAAAGGAAGAGGCCUCCCCACAGCCCCGUUGUCUAGAAGUCACUCUGUGGGAUUAAAUCCCAGACCAGGAGACAGAGGUGCUUGAGGUAAGUAGCUUGGAUUUGAAGAAGGAAUGCAAACUGUUCUCUUGACUUUCUUUCUUGGGAUGGCUGCCUUCUCGACAAAGCCCUUCUUCAUGUGGGGCAGCCUGAGGGAAGAGGAAAACCGAGUGUUGUGCUAAAUGGAGAUUGCCUUAAGGUUUCCAAGUGCUCUCUAGCCAGGAAGAGGGAAGCAAACGUUUGUGUGUGAGAAGGAAGUGAGGUUGGUUGGUGUUUUACACGGACCUGCACACCGCUGUCUGACUCUCGGUUUCAUAAGACGAUAUGUACAUAUGACACAGAGUUCUUCUCCUCUUUGGUGAUUGGAAUGAUUGUUUUGGUGCUGAGGCUAGCUUGAUCUUGAAGCCUUGGGCUUUCAGCCCAGAUCUUCUGGGACCCUUUUUUCCAUGUCCUAUAUCAUAAGUUAAGAUGAAGAUCUGUAUUUCCAACUACCAGUGACUGAGCCUUUUUUUUUUUUUUUUUUUUUUUUUGGGUUUGAUUUCAGUCUCAGAGUGCUCCUUAAAGUCUGCCCUGUUGCUAUAAUACACUUCCCGGGGCUGUAAGAAUUAUUUGAAAGGUAGGCUUAUUGACCAGGUAGCCCGUCAACUUGUGAAUUAGUUAUUCGUUCCAGCUAUUCAGGCAGCUGCUCUUCUAAUCCCUCCAGAUUUCAUUGUAUUGGAUACUUUCUGGAUGCUGUGAUAAAACACUAUGACCAAGAUGGCUUCCAGAAGGAGGACCUUAACUUGGCUCACAGUGACAGAGGGCUGAGAGUCGAUCCCAGCAGGUAGGCUAGGCGUGGCAGCGAACCACCAGGAGCAGGGAGCUGAGAGCUCACGUCUCAGCCAGGUUUAGGAAGCAGAAUGAGAAAACUGCAAGUAGGGAGAGGCUGUAUAGUCCCAGGCUCACCUGCUGUGCUCCCUCCAAGGCUGCACCUCCUAAACCUCCACAGUCUCACCAACUGGAGCCUAAGGGUUCAAAUCCCUGAACCUCCGGAGAACAGCUCUCACGUAAAAUCCAUAGUAAUCACUCAUCAAAUCAGGCUUCCCGCCCAGGUCUCCCCUGGGUGUUCAGAUGCACAGCCAUCAUCUGGGGUUAUUUGGCCAGAGAACUUUCCAGAUUCCUUGGUUGCCCAUUAGUUUUCUCUCUGUCAGCUUCUGUUGGCCUUACAUCACUUUUCUGAAUUUAUUUCUGUGGCUGGAGCCCAGCUUCUACAUUCUGCCUCAUAAAAAAAGAAAAAAAAUGGUCAAAUCUUGCACGCGCCAGACUGGCCAGCAGUAACGACGCUGCAACAGGAUCCUUCUGCACACGUUUAUUGGGAGAGCUUGAUUGCAGAGGCGAAGAGACCCUGAGCCCAGAACUGGUGCUGCUUAUAUAGGCCUAGGAGAGGCGUGUCUCACACCCGGAUUGGUUAUGCACUACGCCUCAUUUGCAUGCUCCUCAUCUGAUUGGCUACUCUCUCUCUCUGUACCUCACAGAGCCUCAUUAUCAUACCUCAUUUGCAUGUCUCACAUCUGAUUGGUUAUACUCUCAAAGCCUCAUUAUCAUGCCCGGGCCAGGCAGUGUCUUUGCAAAAAACUUUACUGCAUAUGUACACAUUGGUUGUUUGUCCAAACUUAUGCAUGGUGGCCAGCAGUAGUCAGUGCCACUCUGCAAUGGCACAUGUGGCUUCCCACAGUCAAAAAAGGCAGCUGAGGAACACACAAAAAUAUCUUCCUAAGCACUAUAAAACUGCUUCCAUUUCAUUUUGCUCAUGGGGUCACCUGGAGUCACUGGGGCAGAAUGACUGUAUUGGUUACUCCCGCUUAGCGUUGAGACCAAACACUGCAGACAAGAAGCAGCUUCACGAAGAGGGAGGGGGUUGUUUAAGUGGAGAGUGCCUCGCAGCGGGUGUGUAUGCCAGCCAGGGGUGUUAGGUUGCUCACAGCUAUACUCUCAGUGCAUAGGGUAGAAAGGCAAGAGGACCACUUCAAGUUCAAAGCUAGCUUUGUCCAGGUACUGUAUUCCAGGCCAGCAAGGACUACAAAGCAAGGCCCGAUCUCAAAAAAGGCAAAUCAAAACUCACCUCCACAGUGGGGAAAGCUGUCUUUGCCAUCUGUAGGAUCUGGUAGGAAUCCUGUAGGUUUGAGUGUCUGUGGGCCUGGGUCCACUCCACUGGGUUUGUCUGGCCUCAGAACCCGUGUCGGUGGUCAAGGGCGCAGACCAAUCUUACAGGGCCCUUAUGUAAGAGAAAGGAGUGUCUGUGGCCCAGAAGAGGCGAGUUUGGAACUGAAAUCACCACAGGUGAGUUUGGUGGAUCCUUGUCAGCCAUUAACUAGCCUCCACGACCCUCAGUGCUGUUACCUCAAACAGCUUUUUAGGGCUUUGCCUCAGCUUGAGGGCCCCUGGCUAUGGCCGAUGUUCAGUGGACAGUGUUUAUCUCUUCAGUUAAGACGAGGAAGUCAGUUCUGCUAAUGAUGGUAAGGAUUCUGUUUGCUGUUCUCGUGCCAGUGACUUGCUCUGGGAGUCCUUCUGCAGUCUCCGUUCCUUCCUUGGUGCCACAUCAAAGGGAAGGCCUCGCUACAGGAGCUGCUGCUUUGGGAACAGCGUCUCAGACUGGGUUCUCUCUGAUCCAGAAAGGGCCUUGUUGUGUUGCUCUUCUCUUUAUGAGAGACCAGUUACCCUUUACCUCAGAAAAUCUCUCUACUAGCCAGAACUGGGCAGUGUAUGCAUGCUUUCUUCUCCAUCUCCCUCCUCCCUCCUCCCUCCCAGGUUUGUAGUUCAAAUUGUCCUUGAACUCCUAUGUACUUGGCUGGCCUUGAACUCGUGAUCCUCUUGCCUCAGCUUCCCAAGUGCUAGGCUGACAGGCAUGUACCCACCAUGCCUGGGUUAGCUCAGCUUUCUGUAUUGAGGAUCUCCCUGGCCGGGCUCUGGGUGGCAGCUCAGGGAGAUGUUUCUUUAGAGAAUUUUUUUCUGGAUGGGAAAAAGUGAGCAAGAAGACUCAGCCGUAGAUGCACAAAGCAAUCUGACCCCACCGUAAGUCA